AUGAAGCAUUAAACGUCUUACCAGUUCACUUUCUUUUGAAAACACGUGGGUAUAUUAUUCAAAUCAUUUCCACGUCCACACCUUGCCCGGGACAAAAAUAGAGAAACUCCCCCAGGUAGAGAGGGAGGAGAACAGAGCAGCCAGGUGUCUGAACGGCGCUCCUGUGAAACACAAGUUUCUUCUUUUUGUUCUGGCUUUAACAGUUUUAUUCAUGGAUUUAACAAAGGAAUCCAUCAUUUCUUUGCUAGUGGCUGAGGGGGGGAAAGUGAAGAAAUCUGAUCUGGAGGCACACUUUAAAUCCUCAGUGGACUGUGUCGAUCCGGCGGAGAAGGACCGGAACAGAGAGCUCUUCAAGACUUUGGUGAACAAUGUCGCCUACGUCAAAGCGAUCGACGGGACCCGGUUCGUUAUUCUCAGAAAACCGUACCUGCAUUUUCUCGGAGGGAGCCAAACGACUGAAAACGGUAAUGAUGAUAGAAAUAAGGAUGUGUCAGGCGAGCAGGAGCAGGCUCCAGAUGAGAAAGAUGAAAAGACUGACAACUCAGAAGGGUUAGCUGCUUCUGGGGGAAAUCCUGCAUCUUUAUCUCCCAUAGAGCUGGCUCUGCAGAGGAGCAAAUCUGAGAAAGUCAAGGUUAAAAAGAUGCUGAAUUUUGAUGUUAACAGAAAAGAGAACGAUGAAAUCAGGGCCCAGAGCAAACCUUAUGGUCUUCCUCUGAGAAUACCUGUUUCUAGCAGGGUGGAGAUCCAAAAACUGAGGGUGAACCCAGAAGAUCCUCCCUACAGUCAAAAAGCAGACACCUCCAAGACUAAGAGGAAGCCAUCCUCGGUGGAGAGUUGUUCGCCCCAACUAAGGAGGGCAGCAAGGAGCUCCAAGGUGACGGAGGAACCCAAAGACUCAAGGAUUUCCUCCAUGUUCCCCCUGGAGCAGAUGGAGCACGAUUGGCUGGUGAAGUGUGCUGCGGGCCAAUGGACCCAAGUUCACGGCCUGCUGCUUAGCGACUACCAUCUUGCCCAGAAGAAGGAUUUCAUCUCGGGGUUCACCGUCCUGCACUGGGCAGCCAAGUGUGGGAACAGUAAAAUGCUCUCUGUGGUCAUGGACAUGGUCCGGGAGGGAAAGGUCAACAUCGACAUCAACGCAAAAUCCCACGGGGGUUACACUCCGCUACACAUAGCUGCUCAGCAUGACCAGGAAUACGUCAUGGCCAUGCUAGUGGGUGAGUUCGGGGCCAACAUCAGGAUCAGGGACAACUGUGGCAACAGGCCCUGCCACUACCUGCACAAGGGCAUUUCUAAAACUGUCAAGGAGAUGUUGACAGAGCCCAAAGCGCCGACCCAACCUCAGGCGACGGACCCUCUGUCCCAGAGAGAGGAGCAGGACGUGCUGCCAGACCUCUCCAGGGGUCUGCACUCCUUUAGCCGUCUCUUCCAGCCAACGGUGAUCAGCCACAAAAAGAAACCCAGCCAGAGGUCCGGACUUUACUCUCUGAGCGAGGACAACAGUGAGGAGAAAGAAGCCUCUGGCUUCAGACACAGAGUGAUGUCUAACGCUUCUGUGUGCUGAUGAAUGAUGGAAACAUGACUUUAUUUAAAUUUUCAUCAGCCUGCUGCUGCUAAAACAAUCAAACAUAUUGACAAUUACAGUUGUAAUAAAGUAAUCCAUAGCACAUUAUUGAUAUAAAAUCAAGAAAUUUUGACAUCCAGAAAAACGGAUGUCCUGUUCAAAAGACGACUGAAUAAGAAACCUUUAAGGUGGUGUUUAAUGUAGAGUCUGUUUACAGACUCUACAUUAUUUUUGUGGAUAUUUUAUUCGGUUUUCAAUCAUUUCAGUUCCAGAAAGAAUUGCUGACAAUUGGAAUCUAUUUUCACUAGAAACAUUUGUGAAACAAGACUUGACAUGUUUCACCUCUUGAAUUGUUUAGUCAGAGAUGAACAGAACGGGGCGAUUACAAAAGGAGAGAAUCAAAAUGUUGAACUUAUGUGUGAAUCCAACUAUUUAUCAGCAAGAAAGUUCAUUCAUAAACCAAAAGUGAAAUGCGUGAAA